UGAGUGGUAGUGGCAAAUAUUUGGUGCGCCGCUCGUAUAAAUCGCUCGGCUGUUCGCAUAUUCAUACCACAGUGUGAAUACUGCAACAGGGACUAAGACCACUUUAAUUUGUGUGAAUACGUUUCUUUACUGAAGAAAAUAUGUCGUGGAAAAUUGUUCCGUUGCACACGAGGGAUUUUGGGUUCUUCGACCGACAAAAAGACCUUUUCAACGAUUGGGUCAAAGAGUUCGAUGAUGAUUUUAAGACCAUGGAGCUCCACGAAUCGAGGAGCCGUUUCGAUAGCGAGCUCGAGCGCAUCCGGAGGGACUUGUUCAAGCUCGACACAGGAUCGGGGACGCUCCAGGUGGACCAGCCCUUCGUAAUGGACCGCACCGGUAACAAGAAGCUGGCGCUGCGCUUCGACUGCAGCCAAUUUAAACCGGAAGAGAUAGCCGUGAAAACGAUGGACGGCCGCCUGUGCGUGCACGCCAAGCACACGGAAGAGUCCCCGGGUCGCAAGGUGUACCGGGAGUUUACGCGGGAAUACACCCUGCCCGAAAAGGUGGACCCCCUGUUGCUGUCGUCAACGCUGUCACGUGACGGCGUUCUCCAGAUUGAGGCUCCGGCGCCACACAGCGUCAGCGCUCACAAGGAAUUCCUAAUCCCCAUUGAGAAGUUGCACCGAUUUUAAGAUACGCAUUUGUAACACGUUUAAGCUGCUUAAAAUGCCAAUAAAUGUUGGAUUAAAUUACUGAAAUAGGAACAUACUGGCAGCUUUAUUGUGUAUUUCAAAGCUAUAAAAAAGGGUUCGUAACGAAAGUGCACGCUUUAGUGAUAUUAAAUUGGACAUAAAUAUCUACAAAUACUUGUUGAAUUUUGAAGUGAAGUUGUUUGUUCGAUAUACAAUUUGAAAUAUACCUAGAAUAUAUACUUAACGCUGUGCAACAUCUACGGCACAAUUGCAUGUGACUCAUUGAAAAAUUAAAGCCAUAUGUAAAGUGAUGGCACUACAAUGAACCAUGUUGCUUUAAUAGAAUCAAUUGGUAUAACCCUUAGUGACGAUUGCCAAAUAUUUAUUUUGAAUAUUUUGUUUUUAGAUAUGAAUUGAUGAAAUAUGUUUAUCGUAUAUUUAUUACUGUUAGCUUAGCAGCAUUUAACUUUUAGCUAACAUUAUUUAAAUUGCAUUAUUUGAUUAUUGUGCAUUUCAGUAAUGAAGUGUAUAUUUGUGUAAACAUUAUAAUUAGGUAAGCACCUCGUGUUGGAUGACAUUUGUUUAAUGCUAAUAUUAAAACGUUAACAUAUA